AUGGUCGGCGUGUGUGUAUGCUACGGAAUAGCCUCGGUCUUCGCCACCAUCUUCUUUUGCGUUCCCGUCUCGGGAUUCUGGAACCCUUCGCCAACCGACAAGUGCAUCAGCAAGCAAGGUCUUUGGCUCACCCACUCGGCCAUCAACGUCGUCACCGAUGUCAUUAUCUUCCUCAUACCCGUGAAGACGGUCCUCAAGUUGAACAUGAACAUGAGACAGAAAAUCGCAGUCAUUGGCGUCUUCUGCAUCGGGAUCAUAGUGUGUCUAAUCACCAUGCUAAGAUUGGAUAGCAUAAUCACAGUUGCAAGAACCUCGGAUGUGACACGUGACAAUGUUCGGGUGGCUGUGUGGAGCAACGCCGAGCUUACGACGGCUAUUUUCUGCGCCACCCUGAGCGGCAUCAAGCCAUUUGUCCAGUGGGUCUCCACACGGAAGUCACUCUCUCGGCAAUCCUACAGCUUCAAGCUCCCCGGCAACUCGGGGAACCGCCGGGCCUCGGAAAUGACACCGCAGGCCACGGCGCAGAACCUCGGCUCCGAGCCGAGCAGUAGCAAUUUGGUAAAUGAAAAUGCCGACCGGGACGCUACAGAAUCCGAAAUUGAACUCAGCUCGAGCGCCGUGUGA